AUGUCAUCCAGAGUGAACCCUAACACUGAAAAGAAUGAACGUAACAAGAAAGGACUUGAAAAAUAUUAUACAAAACCGAGAGACGCUGGAGCUUUCUACGGACCAAAGAAGUUUCACGACGCUCUGAAGAGACGUGGUUUACAAACGUACAAGUUAAAAGCGGUAACACAGUGGUUGAACGACGAAGAUGCGUACAGUCUUCACAAACCAGUGAACCGUUCAUUCAAGCGUCUCCGAGUACGGGUUAACAAAAAAGAUGAGGUGUUUGACAUGGAUUUAAUGGACGUCAGCCGCCAUUCAAAAGUCAACGAUGGAGUUAGGUACUUGCUUAUAGCUAAUGACAUUCUUUCGAGAUACCUGUGGGCCAUACCCCUUGUAAACAAGAAACUGGAGACGGUGUUAGGAGGCUUCAAAACAAUUUUAAAAGACGAACGUAUACCCAAGAAAGUCCGGGUAGACAAAGGUACAGAGUUCGCAGGUGCAUUCAAGCAGUUUCUAUCAAAAGAAAACAUUAAACUGAUUGUCACGCAGAAUGAAGAUAUCAAAAGUAAUUUCGCAGAAAGAAGUAUUAGGACGCUGCGGGGCCUUAUCGCGCGUUUUACGACUUACAACAAUACACAAAAAUACAUAGACGUUUUAGCAGAUCUAGUACACAAUUAUAACAAUACAGUUCACUCGUCCCUGGGACUGUGGGCACCAGUUUGA